AUGCAUGUUGUACGGGAACAUGUCUCUGCAUAUCUCAUCACACAUCCACAUCUCGAUCAUGUCUCGGGUCUGGUCCAGAACACGGCGGCUUUCCAGCGACCGAAGCGGAUAGCGGCCCUACAAUUUGUUGUCGAUGCCCUAAAAGCGCAUUACUUCAACAAUGUCACGUGGCCAAACUUGACAGACGAAGAGGGUGGCGUUGGCCUAGUCACGUUUCAGCGACUAGCAGAAGGCGGUAAUAGUGCUUUGGGCGAAGGCAGCGGGAGAGGCUUCAUCGAGGUAUGCGAUGGACUAAGUGCCAAGGCUUUUAAAGUCAGCCACGGAACCUGUAUGAUGUCUCCAGCUCUACAUCGCGCAUCAACCGUCAACUUGCCAGAAACACCGGGGUUCCAGCAUCUAGUGGCAGCGCACCACCAAGGCUCGAAUGGAGACGGUCUUGAAGGACGAUCAUUGAGCUUCUCUCUACCAACGCAAAGCGCUCCAGGAACUCCAGGUUUCAGUGGUCUCCCUGACCCAGGACGAAGAGCAAGUGGCGGCGGCUCGUCCGCUCAUUCGGUUCGCUGUGUCGUUGACUCUACAGCAUUCUUCAUCCGCACCGAAUCGACACUCACGACUCCGAAGCGCGAAAUUCUCAUCUUCGGCGACGUCGAGCCAGACUCGAUAUCCCGCUCCCCCCGCAACGCCCUCAUCUGGACCGAAGCCGCGCCUAAAAUAGCCGCCGGCAUCCUAACCGGCAUCUUCAUCGAAGUCAGCUACACCAACUCCCGCGAAGACGCCGAUCUCUUCGGGCACCUCUCCCCACGCCACCUCCUCGCCGAGCUCCAAUCACUCGCCAGCAAAGUCAAGGAAAGCAGAAAAGAAUACGAGCGCGAAAAAGAAGAAGCAAGACAGACCCGCAAACGCAAACGCGCGAUCAAAACCGACGCUUUGCAUCUCGACAGCCCGCUGAACGAGCGCAAGGCAAAAACUAUCCAUAUGGCCAAGGGCAUCGAUACCCCCUUCCAGACUACAGCGCCAUAUACAGACGACGACGGGAUGACGGAUUACUCCCGCGAUGUCACGGGUACAAACACGCCGAAUCCCCAUAUUCCUCAUUUGCAUUCACAAACUUCUGCGCCCGCGGAUUUGAACUUGUCAAACGUCUCGGCAGAUCACAACCACGCGCUUCUUGCCGCGGCCUUGGAGGCGCCGCUCAAAGGCGUCAAGGUCGUGAUUAUACACGUCAAAGACACGUUUUGCGAUGGCCCGCUUGUGGGCGAUCAGAUUCUGAAGGAGUUGCAGGAAGGGGAGAGGGAGAUGCAGGAGGCGGGUAAAGGGCUGGGGUGUGCUUUUGAGAUUAGUAGGAGUGGGGAGAGUUAUUGGUUUUAG